UCUGAACUGAAAACAAUAACAAACCCUCUCCUCUCCCCGCACCCACAGAUAUACGGCUUUUUUCUGCAAAACUCUUUCCUCUUCUUCUCGAUUUUCUACGAGCAAUCCGGGAGAAUUUACCAAACAUGCUUGUCUACCAGGAUCUUCUUACAGGUGAUGAGCUUCUCUCGGAUUCUUUUCCUUACGAGGAAAUUGUAGAUGGAAUGUUAUGGCAAGUUGAGGGGAAGUGGGUUGUUCAAGGAGCUGUUGAUGUGAACAUUGGUGCUAAUCCUUCUGCUGAAGGUGCUGAUGCUGAUGAGGGUGUUGAUGACACAGCUGUGAAAUGUGUUGAUAUUGUCGACACUUUUAGACUCCAGGAACAACCACCUUUUGACAAGAAACAAUUCGUUACAUACAUCAAGCGCUUCAUCAAGACUCUUACACCCAAGCUGAGUGAAGAGGAGAAAGCAAAAUUCAACAAGGGCAUUGAGGCAGCAACCAAGUACCUUCUUCCAAAGCUCAAGGACUUGCAAUUUUUUGUCGGGGAGAGCAUGCACGAUGAUGCUACAAUGGUGUUUGCAUACUACAAGGAAGGUGCUGCUGAUCCCACCUUCCUCUACUUUGCCCACUCUCUGAAGGAAAUCAAGUGUUAGGCCCUGAAUGGUCUAUUUAUAUUGUGUCCUUUUUCUUUUUCUCAACUUUUUCCUGUGUUUUCUAUUUUUGAUUUCUAGCCUGAGAACUCUGUAGUGAAUUUGAGAGUAUGUUCGGAUCAUGUUUAAAUUUACUAUUAUGUAACGGUUUCAAGGAGAAAAAAAAUUCAUAAUCUAAGUUUCAGUUUCAUGGCUGAUUAUCUCUCA